CUUCCACCACCGCAGCGGCUGUGGGUGCUAGUGGGGUAAACUCUGGUACAGAGGAGAGCUUUUCCUCUGGUCCUCCGGGUUAGUUAUUUAUAAAACAGUCACCCUUUGUGUUGGGACUGAUUACAGGCGCUGUAUUAAAGCUGUGUGUAAAGUACAGUAGUGGGUAACAGGAUGGGGAAGCGCGUGGCUGUGGUGCUGGCUGGAUGCGGCGUGUUCGACGGAAGUGAAAUCCAUGAGGCUUCAGCGGUGCUGGUGCAUUUAAGCCGCCAUGGAGCAAGUGUCAAAAUGUUUGCACCCAACAUUGACCAGAUGCAUGUUGUAGAUCAUCUGAAAGGUGCACCUACAGAGGAGAAGCGCAAUGUGCUGGUGGAAAGUGCCAGGCUUGCACGGGGUGAUAUCCAAGAUCUGGCCCAGCUCAAUGUAAAAGAGUUGGAUGCCAUUAUUUUUCCAGGUGGCUUUGGGGCUGCUAAGAACCUGUGCAGCUGGGCUGUGGAGGGGAAAGACUGCUCUGUGAAUGAUCAGGUUAAGACAGUGCUGCAGGCCUUCCAUGGUGAGAAGAAACCCAUUGGCUUGUGCUGCAUCUCCCCAGUGCUGGCAGCUAAGGUUUUUCCCGGCUGUGAAGUGACUGUGGGCCACGAGAAGGACGAAAGAUUUCCAGAUGUCCCAGGAACCGCUGAAGCAAUCUCUCAGCUUGGUUGCAAGCACAUCUGUAAGAAUGUUAAUGAAACCCAUGUGGAUGAGAAAAACAAGAUUGUCACCACCUGUGCCUUCAUGUGCAAGGCACCUCUCCAUGAGAUAUUUGACGGAAUCGGUGCAAUGGUUCAAGAUGUUAUUAAACUUGCCUGAACGCACUGUAGUAUCACAGCCUCCCACAUGUAAAAACAAGUGCCUACACUAAAAAAAAAAAAUACAAAUACAAAGGGUGACUGUUCUGCCAGAGUUUGUUUAAAAAAAUACCCUGUGACCCUAUAAACUGAAACACUCCAGUGUAGACAACGGUCACUCAUCGUUUCCUUUUUCCUGUCCGCACGUAGACACACAAUCAGUCAGUGUCACUGGACUUCACUUUUUUCCAGUUUCCAAAAAGUAUUAUGACACACAGUAUAGUGAUGAAAUGCUGUGUAUUCUGGUAGUUUGCACAAUAAACAGUUAUUAACCUUUUAA